AUGGAGACAGUGGUGGUGGUCGUGGUGUCGGUGGUGGCGGUGGUAGUGGUGGUGGGUGAUGACAGUGGUGGUGGUGGCGGUGAUAGUGAUGGUGGUGGCGGCGGCAACAACAUAGCGGUGGUGGGCAAUGGUGGUGGUGGAGGUGUCGGCGGUGGUGGUAGUGGUGGUGGUGGCGGCGGUAGCGAUGGUGGCGACGGUAGUGGUGGUGGUGGUGGUAGUGGUGGUGGUGGCGUUUUCAUUUCUUUGAAUACUCAAACGGGAAACGACAAUGUUGGUCCGUAUUUGAAACGCAAUCGAAGAUCGGUUGUGGCAAUUCAAGAUCCCAACAUUGCAAUUAUCAAGUUAAUUGAUACCCUGAUAUGA